AUGCCGCUGCAUCUAUCAGACUGCCUGCGGCCGCUGCACCGCCAGCGUCGCCAGCAGCAGCAACAGCAGCAACAGCAGCAGCAGCAGCAGCAGCAGCAGCAGCAGCAGCAGGAGGUUGAUGGAGACCUAGCCUCUACCUGCGCUAACCGCAGGGAUUCGCUGCUGGACUCAGAAGCAACGCAGCAGCAGCAGCAGCAAACGAGAACAGAGCAGCAGCAGCAGCAGCAUCUCCCUCGUACAAGAAGUACAUUCAUCAGCAGCAGCAGCAGCAGCAGCAGCAACACAUUCCCUUCUGCAGAUACAGCACCACCAACAGCAGCAGCAGCACCAGCAGCAGCAACAGCAGCAGCAGCAGCAGCAGCAGCAGCAGCAGCAGCAGCAGCAGCAGACAGCACUGCUUCAUCAGUCCUUAGCCGUUCCACAACCAAACGUGUUCCUUCUCCCGUUUUAUCAGAUAGUUUUGCUGCUGCUGCAGCAGCAGCAGCAGCAGCAGCAGCACCAGCAGCAGAAGCAGCAGCAGCAGCAGCAGCAGCAGCAGGAGGAGAGGGAGAAGAAGGUAGUGGUUUAUAUAACAGAACUAGCAGCAACCUGCAUGCAUCCAACUCCGGGUGUAUAGGCAGCUCCCUUCCUGUUUAUGUUUUUCUUUGGGGCUUAAAUGAUUGCGGGCAGCUAAUGACGCCAAUACAAACAGAAACAGAAACAAAAAAUAAAGAAAAAGAAACAGAAAAAGAAAAAGAAAAAGAAAAAGAAAAAGAAAUAGAGAGAGAAAGAGAGAGAGAAGGAGAGAGAGAAGGCGAGAGAGAAAGAGAAAGAGAAAGAGAAGAGAAAGAGAGAGAAAAAGAAACAGAAAAAGAGACAGAAAAAGAGAAAGAAAAAGAGGAGAAUAACAGCAGCAGCAGCAGCAGCAGCAGCAGCAGCAGCAGCAGCAGGAGCAGCAGCAGCAGCAUUCGUGGCGAGAAAGACAAGAGGUGUGGGGUGGGGGAGACAACACCGCGGGGUGUAUAG